CUUAUUAGGUGGAGCCAGGUUGAUUACUUUCAAAGAAGAUGCCCCUCCGACAGAGGAUGGCCUUAUCGCUCAUUACAUAAGUGCCAUUGAGGGGUACGAAUCACAGGAGGAACUCGCAAUGAUAAACGUCACCAGCAACGAACAGGAGGUUUUUGAAGCAACCAUCACUGAAAGCGCAUCUGUCGAAGUUAAAGCGCGCUCUGGAUGUAAUACGGAAGUGACACUACCCUACAGCUAAGCGUUCACGGGACCUUUGGCUGGACGCAUGUCCGAUGCUUGCCACGAUCGAGGCAGCCGUAGUCGUGAGCUAUGAAUAUGGUUCUUCUUUUCAAGCAACGAAUGGGCACGAACACAAACAUCUCAUCGACUAUUUGCGCCUCUUUUUCGUUGCCGUGAACGUAAUCGUGGGAAACACGGAGAAAGAGAUGCUCGACAUGCACCUCGUCAUUACCGACGUAGUUGUUUUAACGGAAUACACAGAAUUUUUCGCUCAGAAAAACGCAGUUGACACUAAUUUAAUUGACGCCAGUACGCCAGACCCAUUGUUUAAUUUUAUGAGCUCUAAUGGACACUUGUUUUCUGAAGCUGACGUUGUGUUAUACUUUAGCAAGUUUAAGUUCGCCCUGCCCUAUGAAGGCAAAAAAGGGUUUAGGCCAGUAAGAGGAUUGGCAUACGGUGGGGCAGCCUGCACUGAUUUUAGUGGUGCUUUAAUUUAUGAUGACACCAACAUGGCAGGCGUUUCAACAGCCGCUCAUGAAAUACUCCACCUUCUAGGAUCAGAGCACGAUGGGGCAGAGGCGCUUCCAUACAUUCCAAACAGCCCCGGAGCCGUUUCCUGUCCGGACGACCGGAAGUUCGUCAUGUCGGCAAACCAGCCGUCCGGACUACUGCCAUUGUCUUCUUGCACCCGCGACCAAGUGAUCGCGUUCCUAAAAAUGGACCAGGCUGCCUGUCUUAAACCGACUGCGCCACCACAGUUGCCUCCGCUCUCUGAAGCAAAUUUGCGCAAGCCUAUUAUUAACGCUUCCGAAUAUUGUACUUAUCGGCACAAAGAUGCCGUAGCGGUAGAAUUUAUUCCGGUUUAUAGCGAACAAUACAAUAUAGAAAAGUGCAUUUUAGUGUGCGCAACGACCAAUGCUGAUAGGACGAAGGAAUACAAUAUUCAUCACGCACCUGAUUACAUGCAAUGUAGUCAGGCAAAAAAUCUGGUGUGCUAUAAAGGCUUUUGUGGACAGAUUCCUCCCAGACCAAAGCCACCUCACGAGCAACUAAAAACACUUGUCAAAGUUCGUUGGCAGUUAAGAAAUGCAGUCCAUAAAAAAUAAAACAUCCCACUAUGUCA